AUGAGUGUCAGCCUUGAGCAUACGCUCGGAUUCAGAAUAAAAGUUACAAACGUGUUGGAUGUAGUUACCGAAGGAAGACUGUAUUCGUUCAAUUCAUCCAACAACACUCUUACUAUCCAAACAACGAAGAAGAAUCAGUCUCCACAAAAUUUCAAGGUGAUAAAGUGUACAUUCAUUAAGCAUUUGGAAGUCAUUGGCGAUAAGCCUUCAUUUAAUUCAUUCAAGAAGCAACAAAUCAAACCCUCAUACGUGAAUAUGGAAAGAGUUGAGAAGCUUUUGAAGGAAAGUGUAAUAGCAUCUAAAAAGAAAGAACUUUUGAGAGGUAAGGGUGUGAGUGCAGAGGGUCAAUUCAUUUUCGAUCAAAUCUUCAAGACCAUAGGUGAUACCAAGUGGGUGGCCAAGGACAUUGUUAUUCUUGAUGACGUUAAGGUGCAACCACCAUACAAGGUUGAAGAUAUCAAAGUGCUACAUGAGGGAAAUAACCAAUCCAUCACAUUAAUUCAAAGAAUAGUAGAAAGAAGUUGGGAGCAAUUAGAACAAGACGAUGGUAGGAAAGGUGGAUAG